CUGCCCCGCCCCGGGAGGGCGGGCCGGGCCCAAGUGUACUAGAAGGGCCGGCCGCCGCCCUGUUCCUACAGCUAGCGGAGCGGUGGCCUGAGCACAGCGAGCAGGAAAAUGGCAGACAGCUUUUCGCUUAAUGAUGCCUUAGCUGGCCCUGGAAACCCAAACCCUCAGGGAUGGCCUGCAUGGGGGAACCAGCCUGGGGCUGGGGGCUACCCAGGGGCUUCCUAUCCUGGGGCCUACCCGGGACAGGCUCCUCCAGGGGCUUAUCCUGGCCAGGCUCCUCCUAGUGCCUACCCUGGCCCAACAGCCCCUGGGGCUUACCCCGGACCUCCUGCAUCAGGAGCCUUCCCAGGGCAACCCGGGGCACCCGGGGCCUACCCCAGUGCUCCUGGGGCCUACCCCAGUGCUCCUGGGGCCUAUCCUGCUGCUGGCCCUUAUGGUGCCCCCGCUGGACCACUGCCAGUGCCUUAUGAUCUGCCCUUGCCUGGAGGAGUCAUGCCCCGCAUGAUGAUCACAAUCCUGGGCACAGUGAAGCCCAAUGCCAACAGGCUUGCUCUAGAUUUCAAGACAGGGAAUGACGUUGCCUUCCACUUUAACCCCCGCUUCAAUGAAAACAACAGAAGAGUCAUCGUGUGCAACACCAAGCAGAACAACAACUGGGGGAGGGAAGAGAGACAGUCAGCUUUCCCGUUUGAAAGCGGCAAGCCCUUCAAAAUACAAGUCUUGGUUGAAGCCGACCACUUCAAGGUUGCGGUCAACGAUGCCCACCUGCUGCAGUACAACCAUCGGAUGAAAAACCUCAGGGAGAUCAGCCAGUUGGGGAUCUCCGGUGACAUAACCCUCACCAGCGCCUCGCACACCAUGAUCUAACCCAGAAGGGCCAGCGCCUGAAACUGGCUCUGAGCUCGUCAUGGGUGAAAAUAUCUACAUUUAUUCUUUCUCAUCCUUCCAGUUAAUAAAUAUUCUCAUGCUCA